AUAACGAAGCAUAUGGCAAUAUAGAACCUAUAAAGCUAACAAAAGAAGAACAAGAAUUCUUUGGAAAAUCUGAAAUUGAGAUAGAAAGACAAGUAUCACAGUCAGGUUUACAGUCAUAUUUACAAAAUAUAAUUGAGCCUACUAAAGCUAGUCCAGACCAAGCAAAUGAGAAAUUCAAAUGUUUAAGUAUAAUUACUAGAAAUUAUGAAAAAGGACUGAUAUUUAAAGAGCAAAAUAUGAAACCAGCACAAAAAAGGCAAGCUAGAGAAUCUCAAGAUGUCACUGGGGAGCUCUUGGAUGCCCUGCACGACCCAAUCUAUGUUGUGGGGAUGGAGGUGGAGGAGCAGGCG